GGCGAGACUCUAUGGCCCCCCGGGUGUAUAACAGAAGGGAGGAGGCCGCCUGGCCGCUGCGGUGAUGCUUCCUGGCUGUCUCUAGGCGUCUGCAGCUAUCCAAGGGCCCCGCUUGGGUGUCGGGAAGCCGGUGGCUCCCCAUCCCCGACUCCUCCUCUUCCUCCUUCCCUGGGACCUUUCCUGAUCCUGGAGGGUCCUCGUGGCUGCUGGAGGGGCGUCUGACUUUUUUUUUUUAAAUUUUUAUUUAAAACAAAACAAAACAUAAAACAACCACCAUGCAAUACAAUCUCAGAAAGUGUGUCAAUCGGUUAAGAUUCUUUUGUGCAUAAUCCCACAUCCAAAAUUACAAAUUAUUUAAUUUCUCUUAUUUGACAAUUCUAUAUAUAUAUCCCUUUAUGUUGUUAUUCUCAUUUAGCAUCUUAUUCUCAUCAAGACCAAGUUAAUCAACGGCUUCAUCCAGCAGCUUCAUUUACAGAUGUAUCUGUUCCUAAGUAGGGGCAUAGAUUCAUGGAAAGGUUAUGAGCAAGAGAACGAGCAUGACAAGGAGUCAUGGGAAGUGCCAUUGCAAACAAGCAGGAGGUGGAAAAACUGAUGAUUGAAAAGCAAGGGAAACAAAGAAAGCAAGACAGAACCGACUCAAGGAAUGGAGAGGAGAAAUGUCCUCUAUAUGUUGAACUCCAUAACUUCCUGAUCCAGGCAGAUCUGAAAAGAAAGGGAAAAUACCCAGAAUGUGACAACAGAGAUCAACAUAAAUUUGAUUUAAAUAACUAUUGCAAAACCCAAACUAAAUGGAAACAAUAUAAAUAUAGACAACAUGAAGAAUGUAUCGAUCUUUACUUCUCUCUUAAUGUACCUGAACAAUUUUGUAGGAAAAAUAAGUCACAUAUGUUUCUAAAAUCUGGAAAGAAUUUUAGUCUGAACCACAAUCAGAGUUCUACUGAAGGAUUUCACCCAACACAGAAACCGCAUAAAUGCUCUGAGUGUGGGAAGAGCUUUAAUAACAGCAGUGCCCUUGCAUUCCAUCGAAGAACCCACACGGAUGAAAAACCAUAUAAAUGUGUGAAGUGUAAUAAGACCUUCCAUAGAAACAAUAUUCUUAUUUAUCAUGCUGGUGAGAAACCAUAUCAAUGCUUGGAGUGUGGGAAACCCUUCAUUGGGAACAAAGACCUUGUUCAUCAUAAAAGGACCCAUAUAGGGGAGAAACCAUAUAAAUGCACUGAGUGUGGAAAGAGCUUUGGUACAAGCAGCGAUCUUACAAUACGUAAAAUAUGAUAGCUACUUUUAGCUA